ACCUUAGUUGAUACACACAAUCAGAUGUAUAAUUUUGAGCUAAAGUUUUUUGAAAAUAUUAUUUAUUAUUAUGCAAACAGAAUCUUUGAAAAAAAUUUAGUAAUAUGAAUUAUCAACACUGUUGAAUUAUGUCUUUUUCUUUUCAAGAAAUUUCGACGACAACCAUUAGUGGUAAUAAUCCAUUUGAUGAUGAAAUUGAAUCGGAAAAACAAACGAAUGUAUCAAAAUCUGAAAUUGAUGAUUAUGAUCCAUCAUUGGAUCCAUUUGCUGAUAAUGAUGGUAAUCAUUCUUCAUUAUCUUUUUAUAAUAAUAUUGAAAAUGAUUGUUCAAAAUCACCAAAUAUUUCUUCCAAUAAAACAAAUUCAAGUAAUUUGUUACCAAAUCUAAAUAAUUCAACAAACGAUUUGACCAAUAUUGAUGGACAAAAUUCAAUUUUAAUGAAAUCAUCAAAUCGACAACGUCUUUCAUUUGUUGAUGAUGGAAAUUAUAGUAAUACUAGUUCUGGAGCUAUGGAUUUUGAUCGUUAUUCAUUACAAUCGGGAAAUGAUAUUGAUUCUUCACUUACACAAUCAAGAUUAUCAUUACAAUCAAAUACUUCAAAUACAAUGAUUGAACAACAAUUACGACAAUACUCAUUAGGUGAUGGUUCAUUACAGAAAGAAGGUUUACUUUGUCCAGAAUGUAUGCAAGAAUAUCGUACAAUAACCGAAUUAAUGGAACAUUUUGAUCGUGAACAUGAUCGAAAUAAUCGAGAUUCUAAUAUUGGUAUUGGUACGAAAAAAAUAUCCACAAAAAUUGGAUCAUCAUCAUGGUCAUCAAAAAAUUUAACACCAUUAUCAAAAAAAUUAUUUUCAAAUGAUUCAUCAUUAGUCGGUGAUCAGAUUAAAGGUUUUUUGGAUAAAUUUCUUCAAUCAAAUGUUAACGAUAAACUUUCCAUAACAAACAAUUCAAAUCAUUCCAUAAAUUCAAUACAAGAUGUUCGAAAUGAAAAUAAUUCCACAAUAAAUUCUAGUUCAAUUUGGACACAAGAACCAAUCAAUCCUAUUCAACAAUGGAAACAUUCAAUGAAACCAGCAAAAAAACGUUCACAUUAUGAAUAUUUUCGUCAGAUACGUGAUUCUCGUAUUGAACGUUAUGUAUUUGAAACAAAUAAACUAAUGAUACGAUUGGAUAAAUUAUUACGUGAUUAUCCACCAUUAAAUGAUUGGAUUAAACGUAGACGUCAUGAACAAUCAAUAGUUGAUUGGGUGGAUGAAACUAUUGUACCAUUAUGUCCAUCAUGUGCAAAUAAAUUUAAUAUUAUUACAAGAAAACGACAUCAUUGUCGUCUUUGUGGUGCUGUUAUGUGUACAAAAUGUUCAGAAUUUAUAUCAUUUAAAUUUGCAUAUGAACUUAUAAAUCCUAUUGAAAUUGAUCAUUUAGAUCAUAAUAAUGAUAAUAAUGAUAUAUCAUUUGGUUUUUCACCAUUACCACCAAUGCCGGCAAUGCAAUCAACAAUAAUAACAAAAAAUAAUAUUCAACAAACAAACAAUGAUGAAACAACAACAAUAAUAUCAUCACCAUUACGUACAUUAAUGACAAAUGUUUUAAAUAGUCCAUUAGUUAAUGAUAAUGAAUUGAUUGAUAAAUUAAGACUUUGUCAUGAUUGUAAAUCAUUAUUAAUUAUACGUAAAAGAAAAUUAGAUGUUCAACAUCAUAAACCAGCUAUUGUACAAUUAUAUCAACAAUUACGUGAACAAAUUCAACAAAUAGAUCGUCUUGUACCUGUAUUAUUUCGUAUGGCUGAUUCAAUUAAUAUUGGUGAAAGUACAUAUCAAUUGACUGAUGCACAAGAUCUUAAACAUAAACUAUCGAAAUUAGGAGAACAAGCAGAUCUAUUAAGUCGUAAAAUCGAAACAUAUGGAUUAACACCUUCAGAAACGGAACAGAUUUCAAUUCAAACUAUACCAUCAAGACAAUUAUCAUUACAAACAUCAAUACGAAGAUCAACUAUACAAUAUUUAAGAGAAAAAUUAUUAGGAUUACCUGAAUUACCUGAUGAAAAACAUUUUGAACAACUUAAACAACAACAUAAUCAAUUGAUUGAAAAACGUAUUCGUCUUGAAAAAGAAAUGGCUCUUGUUGAACAGGAAAAAUUUCGUCAACGAAAUCAACAAACAGACAUGAAUACAACAACGACAAACAUUCAAAUUGGUCUUAAUGAAGAUGGAUUCUGUCCAGAACAGCCAAAUAAUCCAAAUCAUUUUAAACAAUGGCAAACAAAUAUUUUUGAUGAAAAAGAACGAUAUGCAAUAUUAUCUGAACAAAAUCCAAUUAUACAACAAAUGAAUAUUAUACGUUUAUAUAUAAAACAAGCUAAAAAUGAUCAUCGUUAUGAAGAGGUUACAAUGUUGGAAGAAAAUCUACGUGAAUUAGAAAUUGAAUAUUAUUUUAGUCAACAACAACAACAACAACAAUCUCAAUCACAACAAUAUGAAACAUCUGAAUCAUUGAAUCCAUUCGGUGAUUUUGAUGAUGACGAUAAUGAUCAAUGAUAAUGAAUGUUUGUGACAAAAAAAAAUAAUAAUAAUACUUUGAAAACAAUGUUUUUAAAACAAACAAACAAAC